GAGGCGUGGUCAACCCCGCCCCUCCACGGCGGGACCCCGCCCCCGAAGCCCCCCAUUGGCCCCGGCGCCGUUACCUCCCCUCAGGUCUCGCGAGAUUCUCGCGCGUGGGGAAGGGGGGCGGGGGGGGCGGCUCGCGGAGGGGAGGCGGGAGCCCCAGCGCGAGAGGCAGCCAGCGCGAGGCCCCGGCGGUGGCGGUGCGGCCCGGCCUGGCCCGGCCCUCCCUCAGCUUAGCUCAGCUGCAUGAAAUAUGGGAGACGACAGGCCGUUUGUGUGCAAUGCCCCCGGCUGUGGACAGGCUCGCAGAGGUGCUGUCUCUUCCCUCCUCUAGCGGAAGGAUGCUGCCACUGAAACCAGCUUUCCAGAAGCGCUCGGUAACCACAGCUGCUGCGGCCACCUUCGAGCUGCACGGACUCGGUGCCUUGGCUGCUUUUGAAAGCGUAGCCACGAGCUUUCCAAUGGGAGCAACUGGGCUCCGAGCUCUUCUGAAACCUGGCCCGAGGUUUACAAACGAGGACCACCUGGCGGUUCAUAAACACAAGCAUGAGAUGACAUUGAAAUUCGGCCCUGCUCGAACUGACUCAGUCAUCAUAGCAGAUCAGACUCCGACCCCAACUAGGUUCUUGAAGAACUGCGAAGAAGUGGGACUCUUCAAUGAACUGGCCAGCUCCUUUGAGCACGAGUUCAAGAAAGCCGCGGAGGAUGAUGAGAAAAAGAGUGCCGGAGCCCUGGACAUGUCUCUGCCCUCCACCCCAGACAUCAAGAUAAAGGAGGAAGAGCCGGUGGAGGUGGACUCUUCGCCGCCGGACAGCCCUGCAUCUAACCCGCAGUCACCCCAGAACAAGGAGAAGGAGAUCACCUCCAAGCCUGUAAUCAUUUCUACGCCUACUCCAACCAUCGUGCGUCCAGGCUCGCUGCCACUACACUUGGGUUAUGACCCGCUCCACCCUACGCUGCCUUCCCCAACCUCUGUCAUUACCCAGGCUCCCCCUUCCAACAGACAGCUCGGGUCUCCCACAGGUUCCCUUCCACUUGUCGUGCAGCUUGCAAACGGACAGACUAUGCCCGUCCUCCCAGGCCCUCCCGUACAGAUGCCUUCUGUUAUAUCGCUGGCUCGGCCAAUGUCCAUGGUGCCGAACAUUCCCGGUAUUCCUGGGCCACCCAUCAACAGCAGCGGAUCCAUUUCACCAUCAGGACUUCCAGUGCACUCCGAAACCAAAAUGCGGCUGAAGGCCAGCUUGACGGCAUCUUCCUCACUGAAUGGGAGCAAUCUGGUGGUGGGCUCAGCCAGCACGAUGGUGACCGCACGUCCAGAGCAGAGUCAGAUACUUGUCCAGCACCCUGACGCCCCUUCCCCAGCUCAGCCACAGGUUUCCCCUGCCCAGCCCACCCCCAGCACCGGCGGGCGACGGAGACGCACGGUUGACGAAGACCCGGACGAGCGUCGGCAGCGGUUCCUGGAGCGGAACCGGGCCGCGGCGUCCCGCUGCCGUCAGAAACGCAAGCUCUGGGUGUCCUCCUUGGAAAAGAAAGCCGAGGAGCUCACGACCCAGAACAUCCAGCUGAGCAAUGAAGUUACGCUACUGAGGAACGAAGUUGCUCAGCUUAAACAGCUCCUGCUGGCUCACAAGGACUGCCCCGUCACUGCACUACAGAAGAAAACACAGGGCUAUCUCGAAAGCCCAAAGGAGAGCUCUGAGCCCACCGGCUCCCCUGCUCCCGUCAUCCAGCACAGCUCCGUGACGGCCUCCCCCAACGGGCUCAGCGUCCGCUCGGCGGCAGAAGCGGUUGCCACGUCGGUGCUCACUCAGAUGGCGAGCCAAAGGACAGAACUGAGCAUGCCGAUACCGUCACACGUCAUCAUGGCUCCACAGUCGCAGUCUGCUGGCAGAUGAUGUCGCAGCCUGUGCGUGUGACACGGAGCUCACCGCGAACUCGCAGCCGGAGAGACUGACCCUAACCAAGUCCCUGAUGAGUGGGGGCCGAUAAGGAUUUUAUUUUUUUCUUUAUUUCCCCUCCCCCCCGUUUUUUUCAAGUGAGUUAAGGGCAGCUAUGGCGCUUCUUACACCGCAUAGCCUGUACAGAUCCUGGCCCCCAACCUCUGCCCUGCCGUCGCCCGUCCCCGCAGGACGGCCGCGGAUCGAGCGCUUUUCUCGAUCCUUCGGUUGACGAUCCGUCAACUCGCAGAGUCAUCCGAACAGACAGAGCCUCACUUUGAGAAGCACCUUGAAAGGUUCGCUUUCAGGUAUCGGUUACAUUAACACUAAACCUCCAUGCUCGGCGGAUCCCCUUGGCGCUUUCACUCUUCCAGGGCCCCCCCACCCCCUCCUCCUCCACUCUCGGCAAAGGAGAACGUAGCUCUUGGGAGGCUGUGACAUUUAGUCGUGCUGUCAAUGUAUUUUAUUUUUAACAGCAUGCUGCUUCCAGGCAUCUGCUCCCCCCCCCGCUCUAGCUACCUGAAACAUUGCACCUUCGCACAAGAAGCCUCCUUGAGCUCUGAGGUUAAAGGGAUCGAGGUUAGUCUCGUCACGCGCUAACUCCCGAGACGCCAGCGACAGAUUUUGGACACGCUGGGAGUGUAAUCGCUGUAAAUUGGUUCGUGCCCAACGACUGGGAGAGGGAGACGCAGGGCCCGGGGGGGGGGACACGCGCGUGUUCCUGGUCGCUUGUGCCACGCCGAGAGCUGCAGACGUUCACGCGCUGCUCUCGUGACGGGACGCUGUGGGUGCUGGAGAAAAGGCACCGGCCGGUCUAGCAGCGGAGGGGCCGCUCUCAGUCUUCCUUAGGGUAAAUUGGUGCUGAUGUGCGUCGGCUGGGACCGGUGCGAAGGCGCUCUGGGAGGUACACGAAAGGAUGAGCCCAGCCCAGCAAUAAUGUGAGCCCCAGAAUUCAUCAUCUGCUCCCAAAUCCACUGUACACCUUAGCAAACAAAUCCCUCCAUUUCCAAGGAUCAUCUCCUUUACACAUAACCUCGAUGACCUUAAUAACGGUGGCCUUAAAUCACGAAUUAAUUGCCUGUUCCAAGGGGAGGGAGCACAAAGCGGGGUUUCUCUUUGCCCAGUCUUUUACCUCUUCUUCAUGAUUAUCUUCCACUCUCGGUGAUGGAGCAUCCGUUGCUUCCAGCCAGAGCAAACAAAGGAUUCACAGAGCUUCCAGUUUCUUAGGGCAGGUUAAAAGCCCAGCCUAAAUGUUGAAGGACGCUUGGAAUCGGGUCCGCUUUCUUGCUGGGCAGGCGUAGCACGCCUGUGUGUCUGUGCGUGCUUCCCGAGGCCGCCGCUGGCCCCAGGGCAGGCGGCUGGAGUUGCUAGUUUGGAAACGGGAAGGGGUGCGUGCUGUGUGCCUGCGGGCUCUUGCAAGGAACCUUGUCGAAGCCCGUGGCGCUGCGUCAGCCCUUGGUCUUCCUCUCCGUCUCGGGAGUUCCCUCCUCACCUGAGCUCUCGCCCACCUCAGGUUGCACUCGCCACUUUUGAGCCAAGUUUGUUUGUCAAAGUGAUUUUGUUUGGCUUAUCCAGACUUGGAAGGUUUCCAGGGACAGCAAAACCCAAAGCAAAGUCUGAGCAAGGAACCGUGUCCCGUUACGGACAGGGAAGUUCAGCGGUUUGGUUUUCCUAUCGACGGGAUCUGUCUUCUCCCCCCUUCCCCUCCCUUUCAGGUUUUCCUCGACUUCUUGGCAGUGUCGGCCGCGGCGUUUGCUGGGUUGGGUUUGUCUCGGCGCGGUGCAGCUCUCGUGCUCUCCCGGUUUCUCUUGCUCAUCUCGAGCAUCAUCUUGUGCGUAACCAGGGUCAGUUCUGGCCCCGGCAGUUUGUGCUUCUGGUUCGGAUCCUGCGUAGCCCCCCCAGACCCACCUUUUGUUGCUGUAAAGCCCUUUCUGCAGGGUCUGUGUGUGGAAAGAUGUGUUGGUUUUUACUCUCCAGACACGGUAUGUGUUUCAGUCGCGAGAGCGAGCUGGGAGGAGAGGACAUGGUGGGGGUUUGGCACAUCUUAAAGCCGUCUGACCUGGACAAAAAGGGGUUCAUCCAGGUGAGGCACAGCAGGGGAUCAGGACCUUUUUUGGGGGGCCAGGAUCUCAGGCAGAGGGUUUGCAGGAGGUACAAGAACCAGCCCAGCUCUGCUUCCUAUCUUGGAGCCACUGCUGGAUGCAGGUUGUGGAGAGGGAACGGCAGAAAACCCCGCGCUCCUUCACAUGGCCCAAAAAGGUGUAAAAAUGACCCGUCUUGCAGCAAAGGGAUUUGUUCUGGUCUUCAGAUCUGCUGGGUUUGCUUCAGGGGGCUUUGAAACAAGUCUCUCUCUUUCUUUCUUCGUCGGGGAAGAGCAAGAACGACAAAGAUGUGUUGUAAACAUUUGCUUUGUUGGGUCCCUGUCCCUUGGCGCGUGGUGCUCGGAGCCAGGACAGCGUACGAGGAGCGAGCGGUUGCGUGUCCAGCAGCGCCGACGGCGGCUCACCAGCUCCUCCUAGGCUCACCGAGCGUUCGGCUCCUGCAGAAACACCCUGUCUGUCGAGGAAAAGUGUUUGUGGAAAGGAGAGGGAAGGAGGAAUUGAGCUCUGGGCUGAUCCCGCUGCUCGUUCCUCGUUUACUUGGUGGCGUCAGGGUCUGGUGGGUGAGGCAGAGGCGAGGAGCAGCCGGUGGCGUUGCUGGUGGGGUUGGAAGGAGGGACCGAAGGGCGACAGUGGCGAGGCUACAAAUCCAGGGCAGUGAGGCACGCGGCGGUGCUCGCAUCGAACGCAGCAGCUUCCCCGAGCUCUUAUUUUUAACUUCAGUGACUAAAAGUGACCCAAUUUUGCAUGGUGGGAGAGCCGAGAUGGCCCAGCCUGCCCGCGACUCACCUGCGUCCCACGACAGGGCUUUCCCUGCCCUGACCGCUCCCACCCUUGAAACCUCGUAGCACCAUCAGGUAGCUCAGACCUCGCCGGUGACGAGUCGGGGGGGUUCUCCCCAUCCCGCCGUGCCUCGGUGCUCGGGACGCCGUCGGCGCUUGCACUCCAGCAUCUCCCCAUGUCAGCGCCCCUCCUCCUGCGCGCGCUUAGUGUCUUGAAAAAUGUGCAAACCCAUGAAAACGCGGUCGGAAAGCUCCAAACGUGGGCAGCGAUAAUCAGGGAACAAGUGUUUGACCAUACCUUAGCGUUGUUUUGUUUUUAAUCAACAGGGUUGCAGCUUUCCCGGGUCCCCUUCGGGUGCGUUUUACCCCCCCAGCAGUGUUCAACACCUGCACCGCUGCUGCAAAAGCAGGUCCCGGAGCAGGGCUCAGGUCCCAGUUUCUCUUGCCCACAGCAUCCCUGCUUGCGGGGAGGGAAGCAGGAAUCCUCCCAGCCCGGGCAGGCUGAGUCCACGAUGGGGAAGGUAGCCAAAACUCCCAGCAUGACCCUCAGCGGCCACGUCUUCCUGGGGCAAUGGGGGGAAUUCUCCGACGCCAUCCCGGUGCGAUGGAUGGACGUCCCAAGCCAUAAAUGCCGCUUUGGGGCAGAUGGGUGAGGCUCGUCCUCCCCGGCAGAGACGAUGCCGAGUCGGUCUUAAACCUCAGAAGGAGCUGAGCGUCUCGGCGCCGGGGUGGCUGCCGCUUUCCCAGCGGGAGGGACAGGUUUGGUUUGUAAGAGGUGACUCUCCCCAGGCUCUCCGGAGAGGAGGGUGCCUGGAGAGCACGUUUUUCACCAGCGCUAUUUCUAGCAGCUCCGUGCCGAUGGAGCGGCCGGGCGUGGACACGUCGGGCUCCCGGGUAAUAAAAAGCCGGGGUCGGUGUGGUCUCCUCUCCCAGAGCCAAGCUGCCCGUGCUGCUCCCGGGGAGCCAAUGGGCGCCGAGGCCUGGAAAUCCCUUCUGAGCGCUUCUAACAGCUCUGAAGAGCCGAGUGGCCACUGGGUGUCUGCCCCACGUCAUCUCCUCCUCCCUCAGAGCCUCUCCUGGAGGCAGUUGCUUCUCCAGGCCGGUGCAGCAGUGGCUGUAGAGGACGCGCUUUGGUUUUGGUCGUUGUUUUUUGGUUGGGAAGAUGGACUUUGGGGCAGGUCGGUGAUGCAGGGCUCCCCCCAGGAGCCGGGAGGGUGAAAGCAGUGGCUUUUUUCUUCUCCUUCCCAUGCUGGUUCAACUCUUGCUUGAAGACUUUGUGGGCAUCUUCGGGUGAGGCCAAAAACACCCACCCCGAUUUCUGCUCUAGGAUGAUUUCUCCUGUUUUUCAGAGGCUGCCGGGGGAUGGCAGCCGGCUCCGCUCGCCGGGCGCCUGCACCUCCCUCUGCCAGCCCUCCUGCCGCGGUGCCUUAACCGACACCCCGCUCGGUGCCGGUGUCAGCCCUGUGGCUCCUCCCGCGCCGUCCCCCAGACCCCGUCUCUGCGGUAGCCGUGUCGCCGGCGACCUCCUUCCCGCCGCCGUGGCCUAACUGAUGGUGGGAGAGGGGGGAAGAGCGAUAGUGGGGCUCCUCGCAGGAACGUGGAAAAGCCUGGCAGGGUUUAAGGGUCGCGAUCGAGUCGGGGAGAGCCCGAACGGCGGCGGCGGCUGUUGGGAGUCUGGGGAUUUUAUCGCUUCGCCUUCGCUUUAACAUCAAAUGGAAACAAAUGGCUGAAAACCACAUCCCGGCGCAGCCGAACCCGGGAGGGCUCGUGAUGGAGGGGAGCUCACCCUCCGGCGGAGAUAAGGGAUUGUCGGGGUUCAGUGCUGCCUUUUUCCCCCCCAAACUGGCUCCUCGGUUCUGGAUUUCGAUGCUCAGCCAGGAAAUGUGUCGUUUUUUGGUCUGGCGGACCCGUUUCUGUUUGGUUUCCUCCCGCCCCCCCGGUUUCGUGCGCACGCGGGCUCCGGCAGCGGUGAUGCUCUUUCGGCCCUGAAACAAGCCCAGGAGGUGACAGAGGGACCCCGACGGUCCCCGGGGCUGCAGGACCCCGUUUCCCCCACCCCCACCCCACCCCAGCUGCUUUUUACGACGAGCUUUGACGAUCAAUAACGGAAGAAGCCAAGAAAAAGGAAAUCCCCCGAAAAGCGUAACCACGAGGGUGUAGUAUCUAUAAAAAAAUUACAUAUCUAUGAGUAUAUACAGACCUAUAUAGACAUAUAUCAACUUCCUGAACGGAUGCGCAGCUCCUUACGCAACGAAAUGGUGUUUUGGUUUUUUUUUGGUUUUUUUUUGUUUUCUUUUGGUUUUUUUUCUAGCUGUACCCCUUGCCGCGGCCCCCCCGGGGCCCCGAGGGACGACCCCCCCCCCCCCCCCCCCCCCCCCCGCCCUCCGCACGGGCUUCUGUGAGCGGGUCCUCACAGCCCCCUCCCACACACACACCCCCCACCCGCGGGGGCCCGGGGACACGGUGGGGGGACGCGGGGACACACACACACGUCCCAGCCACCCCCCGCCCCCGCCCUCGGCCGCGUCGUACCAAACAUGUAAUGUGCCUUUUAUUUAUGCUGCAAAUAUAACAUUAAAAUAUUACCCAGGA